AUGGGGACCUACAAAAAACCCACUUCCUUGAUCGGAGAGACAUUUUGCGAAACUUUUAGAUGCACACUUUUCAUGGAUCGGCGCCUCUCUCCUGGAAGUCGGGCCGAUGCCCUAACGAAGAGUCUCAAACCUAACGCAAAUCAGCUGCGUUGGUUGGCAAUUGAACCGCUUGUCGCAGCCGGUAAUUUGGUCGACUUGGACCACCUUCUCUUGGCGAAAAAACGUCUUUCAUACCAGCAAGCCGUUGCUCUCAACCAAUCCAGACUCGUCUACUAUCUCAAAUCUAUCGAUGCUCCC